AUGGACAUCGUGCGAAACGGUCAAGAGCUGCACAGCUUCUUCCCCGAUAUUUCCGUCCGACUGUCCUCUACAUGGGUUGUACCGAAUUAUGUGGUAUCGCAAUUGCUCACCGGACACGGCUGCUUCAGAGCACUGCUGCGUCGUAUGACGCUGUGCGACUCUACGUCGUGUCCGUGCGGAGAGCCCAGCAAGAGUCGCGACCACGUAUUGUGGGAAUGCAAGCUGUACACAGAACCGAGGAACACCUUGCUCAACAGCCUGGAGCGAGCGGCGUUCGACCCGGCACACGUUUUAACCCUCGUUGCCAGCCCAGGGAACUUUAAUAGAUUUCAAUUGCGGCUUCGUAAUUUACUCCCAAGUCCGAAUAACAAAUUAAAACUUGAAUGUGUUUUUAACACACCCAUACCAGAAAACUAUAGCGUACGAUGCUUCUAUAAAACCGAAGAGUCAGUCAUUUGGUUUCCAUUACCAGCGAAUAUAAUUCCAAAUAAAGAAGCCCUUGGAAUCAAGAGUGUAACAAUUGUCACCGAUAAAACAAGAGCAGAUCGGGAAAUGACAGUUACGUGUGGCCUUUAUGAUGAUAGUGACUUACAUGUAACCGACUCAAACUACUUAACGGUGCUUUUAAUAGUAAAACCAGAUAACAGUACUACUACUCCUGGACCUCUGGCAAAAACAGAACCAACAGCUGCCGACGACAUUUCUGUAGAACCAGUUAUCAAUACUACUGCUGGACCUCUGGCAAAAACAGAACCAACAGUUGCCGACGUCACUUCAGUAAAACCAGUUAUCAAUACUACUGCUGGACCUCUGGCAAAAACAGAACCAACAGAUUCACCCUUACCCGUAGCUUGGAUCUGUGUGGGAGUGGCUAUAUUUAUUAUCUUGCUCAUCGUUAUAGCUAUUUUGACGUACAUAAUACAAAGGAAACGCAAUGUUACUCCGAAUGUUAACGAUAACAAUGACGUUAGUCUAGAGCCAGUCUACAGCUACGCAACUGCACCUGUUUUGAAAUGGGAAGAUGCGCACGCGCUGGCUGCGAACAACCGACCGCUGCCCCGAUAUGAGAGUGUUGUCCCCAGUUUGCCGCCCCGAAACGCCAAUCAGCCUGAAUACGAAUAUAUCGACCCUAGGGAUUUGAGGAAAUGAACGGUCCUAAAAGCUGUAUAUAGUUGGUGCAAGUAGAUGGAACCCACCAGUACCUAUAAAGAAACCAACAAUAUGUCCUCUUAACCACGUCGCCAGUUCCAUGAGUUCAAUAACCUCACUUGUCCAACUUCACUUCACAGUAAAAAAGUAACGCCUUCAUCGCUCUUACUUUUACGUCUUUCAAAGCUAUUAAACUAUCUAUGCAUGGUAUUAUAAACGCAUUACAGCAUUCAAAUAAACAUUCUUCAAGCGAUUGAAGAAUUUCCUGAGGUGUACCAUUGCCUUGGAUUCAGUUGUAAAGCGUUCUGGGAAGCUUAUAAUCGACUCGGAUUUUGUAGAGAACGCUGCAGAGCCUUGAAUACCGCCGUAAAGUUGCCUGAUUAUUCUACAGGAUAUAUCACGGAGAGUGUGCGAGGGAGUUGCACGAUUUAAUUCCGCCUUCACCUUUCCAUCAUUGGGGAACCAGACUUAAGCUGGAGUUUCUCCCCUAUGUUAUGGAUAUUCCAAGGAUUUGCACGAAGCGUUCCGCUUCCACAUUUACAAGGGGAAUGGCGAUGGAGUAGAAUUCCCCGCCUGCAGACUUGUUCCCUGAACGGCAUGACUUAGGCCUUUCAAAACAAGAGUGAGUAGGCAUUAUUUGGUGUGCAUGCUCCAUAGUCCACUUCAUCGUCACUCUCCAUCAGGUGAAAAGAUGGAUGUCAAAUCUGCGCAUAUUUAAAAAUAAACCUACUUUUACCAGAAACUCAAUGGCGGCUAUUUGUUUUAGGCUCAAAUCCAUUAGUUGAUCUAAUCAGUCAAUCUGAAAAUGACAAGAGUAUACUGUAUUAAAUAAAGUUACUUGUAUAAUACCAUGCACAGGUAGUUUAUUCAGGGCUCCGUUACUGGCUCAAGGUUACGCGAUAAGUGAGUGUGUCGAUGUCGGUACAAGCGCUCAGAGGGUGUUGCACUCAGAUGUGAAUGGUCGUACGGGACGUUUUGUAAGAGUUUAUGAGCUGUAUUCCACCACGCUGGCCCAAUGCGGGUUGGGGACAUCGCACGGUUUUCAAGGACUCAGAACCUUCUUCGACGUGCACGUUUCAUUACGAUGUUUUUCUUCACCGUUAGCGAGAAUUAUUGCUAUUAAACUUUCAAAACUUGGAGAGUUGUAAGUACAUGUCGCUUCGGUAUUCGUCGUCGUCCUCCCAUCGUUUUACUAAAUGAAUAAUGUUAAUUUCAAAUUACUUUAUUAAUUAUGUAUACACUAAAUUAUAAUAAUUACUUAGUUCAAAGUCUGACGUCUUUCAUUUACAUUACAAUCCUUGUACAACCCUAGCGCAUUCGGUUCCGCACGACUGUACACUGCACACGGCGGGCAACGUGUUUUCACCUCUCUGAGCGUCUGCUUAGGGUCCUUUUUUCUCGUGG